UGUUCUUGUGCAGCGGGGAGGAAGCGACAAAUCAUGUGAAAGAAAAGGAAAAAAAUCCACGUCGGUUCCCUUCCUCCCCACAAAAAUAUCAGAACACGCGAGCUCCAUCGGUGAGCUGAAGAGCGAGCGACCAUGGCGGCCUCCUCGCAUCUCUCCGUUCUCCCGCCGCGAUUCUCCUUCGCCCCCGCUCUCUCUCACGGUCACCGUAAUUCGAAGUCGGUUGAGUUUCGUGUGAGGUCCAGCUUGGGAGAAGAUGGUAGCCCUGGUCCCGGAGUUUCAGGCUCGCCCCCUCCAGAAACGGGGAAUUCCAAGGAGUCUCAAUCGUCGACCUCGAGGCGCUGGUGUCUUACCUGUUUGUGUUCGUCUGUGACAUUGAUCAGCAAGUCCGGCUCAUCCAUAGCUCUGCCAAAGGCAACUGCCCCAGAUGCAAAGGAAAGAGCUGUUUGUCGAAACUGUGGGGGCGGUGGUGCUAUAAUCUGUGACAUGUGUGGUGGCACAGGAAAAUGGAAAGCUCUCAACAGAAAACGGGCAAAGGAUGUUUAUGAGUUUACUGAAUGUCCAAAUUGUUAUGGCCGAGGAAAACUUGUGUGUCCCGUUUGUUUGGGGACUGGAUUACCCAACAAUAAGGGUCUUCUUAGGAGGCCUGAUGCUCGCCAGUUACUUGAUAAGAUGUACAAUGGCCGCCUGCUCCCAGGUUCUUAGGGCACUGGUGACCGUGACUCGCAGCAGUUUCUGAUUCGAAGUUCCAAAGGAUGGACAAAGAAAAGGCUGUCCGUCCAACAUGGCUUUGAAUAUCCACCAUUCAUCAGCCACAGCCAGGAAAUAGCUCUUUUAUCCUUCCCCACUUCUGUGAUCUCCUAAGAGUGCUCAAAAGUUCGCAUUGGUCCAGUAUAGCUCUUUUUCAUCUUUCAGCAGGUACUAAAGUCUUCCUCGCCAAGCAAACCGACUGUAUGCAGUCGGAGCCACUCUUUAGAGAUUUGCUUUGAGAAUCUCUUUGGUUGGGCUGCAUUUUGAGAAACAUUCUAGUUUCGAUGGACAAAUUGUAUGCUCCUAUAUACUAAUAGAGCAGGUAGAGAAUUCUGCAACAUCACUAAAUUUGGGGUACUUAAUUGAACAAACUACAAAGCUUGGGGGCAUCCUUGUCUGCAAUUAAAAAGAAGUUUAGGCCCUCCGGGCGCCAUUGCCUCUGCA